CAGCUCAGGGGCUGUAAUCCCCGUAUGGAACCAUCAUGGCUGCCACUCGCUGAGCUGUCAAGCUCUCCACAAAAGAAAAGAAACCUGAAAAAACAUGGAUUCGGUGGAUAUUUGCGCAACUACCUCCAGAGGAGAUAAUAAACGGCGCGCCAACAAGAAGAAUAGAGAUUGGCACAAACGGCUCCACCUCAGGAAGACUGCCGGACAGCCGCGAACUAUGCAAAGUGAAGAUAAGCAUGGACCAAAGAAGAUAGCAGAGGAGUGGGAGCAAAGCACAGUGUGGCCUUCAUCAAAGAAGCCCCCCCAGGGAACAAAGCAGGGUCAGCACAGGACAAACGACAGCGGCAAUACACUCAGGUUCACAUGCUCUCAAUGCAGGGACAACACGGAAUAUGUUCCCAAAGACUUAGUAAAACACUUCGAGGAAAAGCACAGAGGGAGCCCACCUGUUUUUUCCUGUCAUACUUGUACUUUUAGUACUCAUGAGUUCUCCUACCUUCAGGUUCAUAUAUUAAGCCACAAGAACACUUUUUCUAAUUGCUGCAUUUGUAACGACAACGUUCAGCGCACAUGGCCUGAAUUCAGUGCACAUCUGACCACGUGUCACUGCCAAAAUGGCAAAUAUUCAUGUGAAAUGUGUCAGAAAUUCUCCACAGGAGAUGUUAGAGUGUUUUUAGAGCACCUGUAUGCACACAAUUUAGGCCUGGAAGGAUCUAAUGAUCUAUCGCUUCACAUGAAGGGCAAGAGUAAGCUUGAUCCUAAAACAACCACUCAAUCUCUACGUUGUCAGCACUGUGACUAUGAGGCAUCUCGGAAGUGGCUGAUCACUAAGCAUGUUAAAGCUGUCCAUGUCUGCCAGAAUGGUAAUCAGAGGAAGAGGGAGCAGGAGGGCCGCUCCAUAGCAAUGAAACAAAAUGACCCAAUCCCAAAAAUUAAGCCUAGAUUAACAAGAAGUGCAGUCAGGGAAAUGUGCUGGCUGACACAGGACUGCCUUUCUCUACCAGGGAGAGAGUUCCUGGACAAAUACUGCCAUCUGUCUGAUCCACAAACAACACUAGAAGAGACUCAACAAUUCUUGAUGAAAUCUGUUGCUGGGGAAACCGGUGACCAGAAAUGGACCAAGGCUCUUAAAACCGUUUUAUCCAACGUCCCUCAAGAUAUGACUCUUCACCCGAAGUCAGAGAACGGCAUUGUGCCGAACUCGUCUGAUCUUACUGUCCUGACCGUCAAGAACAAGAUAACUGUGGCUCAGAAUGGUGCUACUUACCCCAAAAGGUUAAAAAUGAUGACCUCAUCAGACAAGGAAACUCCUGAAAGUGCUCGUGAUGAUGCUCGUUGUGUAGAAAAUGGAUGUCAGUCAAAUUUGAACGAUCAUACACCUUGUCCACAGACUGAAACCAAACUGAAUAAUGAUAUCUCAAUGCCAGCUCAGAGCGAGCCAUCUGGGUGCACUCAAAUGCAGGAAAACAGAGAGAACCAAGAAUUAAACACUGAUCAGGAAGAGCAUUGUAAGAAACCUGAAGAGCCUAUGCAUGAGGAUGAUAUUUCCAGUGAGCUGAAAAUGACAAAUGAGAGCAACGAGCAGAUUCCUAAAGUUGUACCAAAAAAGAAGAGGCGAAGGCGAAAAAGAAAGGCCAGAUCUAAGAGAGGGACUAACAGAUCAUCAGGAUCGGCUUUAAAGAUAGUGUUGAAGAAGAAUCCAGUCAAGGAGAAGCAGUGGGUGUCGCAAAGCUCUUCAUUAGGAGGUGGUCCGACGAAUGAUCGUCAUGGAUCACCAGGUCCUCACGCUACAUCGGAGGAGACGGCACAGGUUCUCCCAAGCAUGCUUCCAACAGAAGAAGCACACCAGAAGAAAUGGACCAAAGCUUCCGAGACUGAUCCGGACGCCCCAACUGAAGCCAUCCAUUCAAAAAGUCCACAGUCAAAGCCAGGAGAGGAACUAACUUCAAGUUGUGCUGCAAAUGGGUCUAAAAAUAUGGAUGGAAACAUGCCUGUUGUGCUCGAAGGCUUGCCGCAUCAAGAAAUGCGAGAUGACACCGAGAAGUCAGUGCAGCUCUUGGAAGCAGAAGUUGACGAGAGCAGUUCGGUUAGUGUGACAGCCCAGACAGAUGUGAGGGCUGCUGCUGGGACUGAAGUAGAGAUGUGCCCCGAGAUCGUACAGCUCCAAACGUCAGGCGGCGGCACAGACUGUCAUGUGUCAGAUGAUGAGAUGAGUUCAGCUGCUGAUGGAGUGACUCCUCAUAGCAGUUACACCAAGUCUUCCCCUGUUUUCCAACCUAUUAUUACAGCACAAGAUAAUGUGAACUCAAGCUUUCCCCUUUCUUCAGGGCAGAGUGUUGAGGGGAUAAGAGAUGGAGAAGUGCCUGCCGACUCCUGCCCAGAUCUCCUCAGCGACGUCAGCUUGCCCGUCGGGAAAGCCAUCCAACAGGAGUCCUCACCAGCCUCUGGGCAUAGGAGGCAGCCCCUCCCAAAGAACCUGGAGAGGACCCUGAAGUUAGUAGCCAUUAACCCAUCUCAGCUGGUAAAGCGUCCAGCGGGAGACCAGCCUGUUGUGGUGCUAAAUCAUCCAGACGCUGACAUCCCCGAAGUUGCCAGGAUCAUGGAGGUCAUCAACAAGUACAGAGGCGAGGUGCAGAAGGUCGUGCUGUCACGGAGGACUAUAAACGCUCUCUCAGCCAUGGAUGGCGAGGUCCCUGAGACGAAUGACUCAACGGAACCUGAUUCUCCAGGCAGUGCAAAAAAUUAUGUACAGGAGAGAUUUGUGUUGAAACUGAAACUCCGCAGGCUGAGCAGGAAAAAGUACGAGGUCGUCGGUGCAGCCUCUCCCAGCAGGGAUGCUGUGAAGAAGUUUCGCUGCUGGUUUUGUGGCAGGGCCUUUGCAAGUCAGGAAACGUGGAUGGCCCAUCGGCAGCGGCACCUGAUGGAGUGGAAAGGGCCAAACUGUGAAAACAUAUAAAUGUCGCACACACUGGAUGAAAAAUAGUCUGGAAAAUGACUUUUCAAUACAACAAAACAAUAACGGAAACAGUGAUAGCCAGUCACCUCCGUCUUUUUUAAGUCUUAGUUCUAAUUGGUUUUGAGGAGAAUCAAAUAUCAUGCCUCCUGGAGGGUUCACAUUCUCAGGGUGAACAUUUACCUAUCGUCUUUCUCCCAGUCGGAGUAGCUUGAUAUAAACUCUUUGUACAUUAGUGAUUAUCCGUAAAGCCACAAGGACGUGGUGUUGAUAAUUUAGUUCUUUGUAUUGUUUGUAUUUUGCAAUAGCUUUAUUUAAAGUGAUUUUAAGUACACUGUCAUACAAAAUCUUUUAUAGAACACUGUAAUAUGUAUAUUUGCCAUACCAUCUGAGUUAUAUGAAUCAGUUUAUGUACGGGUAGGCUCGACAGUGUGGUAGCUAUCAUAUUUAUGUUUUUGGAAUGGGAUGAAGAGACCCACAAGUUACUCAGAUAUACCAAAACUGUGUGUUUAAAACAAACAAAAAAAGAAGACAAUAAGCUGUUUUAUCCAUUUAUUUAUGACUCUUAGGUUUAGCCUUUAUGUGCUUUUUUCUUUACGAUUUUUGGGGGCCAUUGGAAGAAUCAGUGUAUAAACUCCAAAUUAUGUUCAAAUGAUAGUAUUAUCUGUAAGAGGUAUGUUUUCAUGCAUUCAGUGGAGGCAGAUAUCCCUAAAGACACCAUUAAUUUAAAAAAAGUAAAACCUGUGUUUUGUGAUGUCAGUGAAAUACUAACUAAAUCUUUUCAAAGGUCCGGUGUAUACGAUUUAGUGGCAUCUAUUGGCAGAAGUAGUAUAUAAAAUUCAUAGCUGUUUUUUCAUGAGUUUAUAAUCACCUGAAAGUAAGAAAUCUAAUUUUGUUACCUGACAAUGAGCCGUUUAUAUUUACAUAUGUGGCGGAGUCCACCAUCUUGUUCCUGCAGUAGCCCAAAACCGACAAACCAAAUUCUGGUUCAAGAUAAGGCCAUUUGUGUUUUUGCUUUGGCCAUUAUAGUUCUACGUGUUU